AUGGCAAAGACUCGAUCUAGCGCUAUGUUCAUCAACCGACACUAUAUCAAACUACUAGCAACAAUCGCAACAAGUAGUCUACUCAUUCUCAUCUACAUCACAGUACAGGCGAUACAAAAUACACCCAUACCACAAAGCACACUACUAAAGCUACAACAUGAGUUGGAGACUACUAUUCAUGCACUGAAUCUGGUUGUGUCAGACGUGACAAUUGUCAAAUGUCGAAGCUUCAAGUUUUGUAAAGUACCGGCAGGGUAUACAACCAUUAACCCAUCAUUGACUUUCUACAAGUAUGCUACAGGUAAGCUGCAGAAGAAAUUGUAUGAACAUGAGUAUUAUCUUGCAUUAAAGUUGUCAUCAUUGGACGAAACUACAAGGAUUAUUGCCGGGCUAUCAUUGGAAAACCAUGAAGGAUACGAGGUUAUCAAAGUCAAUGACAAUGAAGAUGAUCGGUUCUUCAAAUUGUACAAAAAAUACACCAUCAACAACCCUGAAACCCCGUUGUCAAGAGACAGUCCUGUGCUACGGUCAGUUGAUGUCUUGUUUGGUAGCAACGACUUGAUAGAUUCAAGAUUGUUCCAUCACACUUUACAUUUAUCCAAUGAGGAGGCAGUACAUCCAAUUUUAUCAAUUUCAAUGAUGAGUAUUGAGCAACAGGAAGAGUAUCAGAAGCAGAUUUCCCAAGAGGCUAAAAGUUUAGUUAAACAAGAUCAAAUAUUGGAAACGAGUCAGGAGAAAUACAAAGUGAUGCAAUUAUCAGACUUGCAUUUUGGACAGGAUUUGGGUAGAUGUAGCAGAACAGGGGGGAGCGAUGCCGGUACUGCAACUGAUAUGAAAUGCAGUUCUGAUUUGAAAACUUUGAAAUUUAUCGAAUCAACAAUACAGCAAGAACACCCCGACUUGAUUGUUAUCACCGGUGACCUAAUUGAUGUUGAACGAUCGUUGGAUUACAAGUCCAUAUUGUUAAAGAGUUUGCAGCCGAUCUUGGCGUCAAAUACGAAAUUCAUUUACACAUUUGGGGACGAAGUGCCUAGCAAAGAAGAUAAAUCAACAAUUGUAGAGUUUUUGUCGUCUUUACCCAAUUGUCUCAACACGUUUGUACCAUUUGCUGAUUCAAAUCUACAUGGGGUUACCAAUGACAAUCUUCAAAUAUUCAAUAAAGUGACAAGGGAAAAGGAUCAAGUUGACGAACAAACAAUAUCGAUAACCAUACUCGACUCGCAAGAUCAUCUCAUUGAUGAAACACAAAUCAACUACUUGUACCGCAUUAACAACGACUUCACAUCCACUGAUUACAAACUACUCUUUUUCCACUACCCUAUCCCACAAUAUCGUCCCGCCGGCACAUUCAAAAUCAUUGGGUCCUACAAUGAAAAACACCCACUCGACACCAAGACCAAUGUGAAGUUCCAUGACGAUAUAAUCAAUUGUCGAUACCAAGUAUUGUCAGUUGGACACGAACAUGAAAAUGAUGCAUGUAUCCUUUCGGAAUUGGCCAAAAAACCAAAAAAGACUUCAAGAACAAAAGAAGGUGGUGACAAUGUGCCGUCAAUUUGGUUGUGUUAUAAUUCAAUCACGGGUGAUUCGGGUGUAACUACAAUCCAUCAAGAAUAUGUGCGCAAGAUUAGACUAUUUGAGGUUGACUUUGAGAAAAGGAGGAUAUUGAGUUGGAAGAGGAAAGAGAAUGACAAGGAUGUCUUGGAGCCUCAGUUGAUAUAUCAAAGUAAAUAG